GUGCAGUCGGUCGACGUCAACGCCGUCUGACCUCGCCAGCCUCGGUCUCUGCACUCAAUUGACCCAACAUGCUGUAGUAUCACUGAACCAAUGCUGACCUACCGAGCUCGACUAUGUAGCCAUCAACCUCGGCCGGAAUGGUGUGCCCCGCCGCCUUCAACCGUAGUCACUAACUACCUAGGUACUGUGUAAACUCACCACCACCUCCAACACCCCCAGCUCCCUCGUCUGCGAUCAAUUCACCAUGGCCGCCACCAACAACCCCCUCGAGGGCCCCCCAACCCUGCCCCCCGUCUCCGCGCAAACCCUCACCAUCGCCGGCAUCCUCGUCACCGUCCACGGCCUCGCCGAACUACCCCCCAACUGCACAUCCGUGACGUGCCUGUGGCUGUUGAACCCGCGCCUGCAGACCAAAGAAACCAUGGCGCCGAUCGCGACCGCGCUGAUAACCCGCUGGAACACACACUCGCAGUCGCAGUCCCCGACCCUCUCAGCCCCCCGCACCGGCCUCAUCGCCGCCGCCUUCGACGCCCGCAACCACGGCACCCGUCUCGCCACGCCCCUGCACAACGAAGCCUGGCGCCAGGGCAACCCGACCCACGCCCAGGACAUGUUCGGCGUGUACGCCGGCACCGCAGCCGACUGCGCGGGGCUGAUCGACCACCUGCCAUCCUACCUCCCCGGUCUGCCUGCGCUCGCGCACGCGGUGCUGGGCGUCUCGCUCGGCGGGCACGCGGCGUGGCACGUACUCCUCUCGGAUCCUAGGGUGCGGGCGGGCGUGGUCGGGAUCGGGUGUCCGGAUUAUGCGCGGUUGAUGGCGGAUCGCGCGCGGUUGUCGAGAAGGGAGACGUAUCUUUCCACCACGCCGCCCGGCGCGGGGUUCUUCGGCUCGCCGGAUUUCCCGCCCGCGCUGGUCGACGCAGUGGCGCGCUUCGAUCCCGCGGGCCUGCUCCUCCCUGCCGGCGCAGACGCGCCCGUCUCGGACCCCGCGCGCGCCCGCUUCCGCGCACUCGUCCGCCAGCGCCUGCAAGGCAAGCGCAUACUCAAUCUCAGCGGCGCGGAGGAUAAACUCGUGCCGUACGCCGCCGGCGCGCCGUUCCUAAAGGUGUUCAAAGAGGUGGUUGCGGACAAGGCGCUGGAUGUUGGGUUUGAGGAUGUGCUGUUUGAGGGCACGGGGCAUGUGUUUUCGGCGGCUAUGGUGGAGAGGGCUGGGGAGUGGGUUUGUGAGGUUCUCGGCGGGAGGGGGGGGGGG